ACAUUUAAUCAAACCAAAAACAAAACCAAAAUUAAAGUAUUAAUUAAACCAAUUUUUAAUCUCCUUUAUAUUGAAUUAUUAAGCUUUAAUUUCUAAGCAAAAAAAACAAUCAAAUAUGGCUAAAAAUAUUAGUGUAAGAGCAAUUGUUACGGUGCAAUUAACUGCUACUGGAUUCUUGAAGAACAUUGGUUUAGGUCAAGGGAUUGAUUCAAUUUCAGAUAUCUUUUUUGGCAAUGCUCUUCAAUUAGAGCUUGUUAGCUCCGACGCCGAUCCAAUGUUAGGAACAACGUUGGAUAAGAAGACACCGGUUCGAGCCCCGGCAAAACUAAACAUCACCUUAAAAGACGAGGCGAAUGAAACCAAGUACGAGGCGAAGCUUCCGGUACACGGGAAUUUCGGAAAGCUCGGCGCAAUCUUGGUCACGAAUGAGCAUCGGAAAGAAAUGUACGUUAAAGAUAUCGUCGUUGAAGGCUUGCCUGAAGGUGUUGUUAAGGUCACUUGUGAAUCUUGGGUGCAUUCUAAGUUUGACAAUCCUGAAAAAAGAAUAUUCUUCACAAAUAAGGGUUACUUACCAUCACAAACCCCAAUUGGAUUAAAGAGUUUACGUGAACAAGAUCUUGCGAGUUUGAGAGGCAAUGGGAAAGGAGAAAGACAAGAUUAUGAAAGAAUUUAUGAUUAUGACACUUAUAAUGAUCUUGGUAAUCCAGAUAACAACUCUUUGCUUCGUCGACCGGUUCUCGGAACCAAGACGCAUCCGUAUCCGAGGCGUUGCAGAACCGGACGACCACCGACUAAGACAGACCCGUCAUCGGAAAAACGAGUAGCCAGCUUCUACGUGCCAAGGGACGAAAACUUUUCGGAUUUGAAGCAGAUAACAUUCGGCAUUAGCGUCCUAGAUAACGUCCUCCAUGCACUAGUACCUUCUCUAGAGGCAACCAUUGUUGAUAAGAAUCUAGGGUUCGAAAGCUUCAAAGAGGUACUUGAAUUGUUCAACAAAGGAAUCGAGUUGUCUGACAUGAAAGAGAAAAGUACCAUGGAGAAUGAUCAACUGCCUGAACUGUUUCUGAGUAAAGAUGUUCUUAGUUUUCCCACCACUGAAUUAAUGGACAGAGAUGAAUUUGCUUGGUUUCGAGAUGAAGAGUUUGCUCGAGAAACUCUUGCUGGUCUAAACCCUUACGCCAUUAAGCUCGUCACGGAAUGGCCUCUAAAGAGCAACCUAGACCCUGAAGUCUACGGUCCACCAGAAUCAGCAAUCACCUCACUGGUGAUCGAGGAAGCGAUCAAGGGCAUUAUGUCUGUCGACGAGGCUCUAGAGAAAAAGAAACUCUUCAUGUUAGACUACCACGACAUUUUGCUGCCUUUCGUGAACAAAGUAAGACAGAUUAACGACACCACGUUGUAUGGGUCACGAACGUUGUUCUUCCUGGCUCCUGAAGGCACUCUUAGGCCUAUAGCCAUUGAGUUAACGAGGCCUCCGGCUGAUGAUGGGAAGCCGCAAUGGAAGCAAGUAUUCACCCCAAGUUGCUGGAAUGCUACCGAGGGAUGGCUUUGGAGGCUUGCUAAAGCUCAUGUGCUCGCUCAUGAUUCUGGUCAUCACCAACUUAUUAGCCAUUGGCUAAGGACUCAUUGUUGUGUAGAGCCUUACAUAAUUGCAGCAAAUCGACAACUCAGUGCAAUGCACCCAAUUUACAGACUCAUGAACCCUUACUUCCGCUUCACCAUGAUGAUCAACGCUCUUGCUCGACAAGCCUUGAUUAACGCGGGUGGGAUUAUCGAGACCUCGUUCUCUACGGAAAGGUAUUCCAUGGAGUUCAGCUCUUUUAUUUAUGAUAAGGAGUGGAGGUUUGAUCAACAGGGUUUGCCAGCUGAUCUUAUUGUCAGGGGAAUGGCUGUUGAAGAUCCAACUGCACCACAUGGCUUGAAGCUAACAAUCGAGGACUACCCUUUUGCCAACGAUGGACUUAUCCUUUGGGAUGCGAUCAAGCAAUGGGUCACUGAUUAUGUAAACCACUACUACGCGACUGCAGAUCUUGUAAAUUCUGACAACGAACUCCAAGCAUGGUGGGAAGAAAUCCGAACCAAAGGGCAUCAAGAUAAGAAAGACGAAGCAUGGUGGCCGGUGCUAAAUACACCAAGUAGCCUCAUUGAAGUCCUAACUAAUAUGAUAUGGGUUACUUCAGGGCACCAUGCUGCUGUCAACUUUGGUCAGUACGCUUAUGCAGGGUACUUCCCAAAUCGGCCUACCAUUGCUAGAAUCAACAUGCCUUCAGAAGAAGCGACUGAAGAAAUAAGGACAAAUUUUGUACAAGAUCCAGUUGGUUACUUGCUCAAAACUUUCCCAUCCAAAAUGCAAGCCACGAAAGUCAUGGCGGUUUUGAAUGUGUUAUCAACUCAUUCUCCUGAUGAGGAGUAUAUCGGUGAUCAAAUCGAGCCUUCCUGGGCUGAAGAUCUGAAAAUAAAAACUGCAUUUGAGAAAUUUAAUGCUAGUUUGAAGGAUUUGGAGAACAUUAUUGAUUCGAGGAAUGCAGAUAAUAAAUUCAAGAACAGAAAUGGAGCAGGGACCUUGUCAUAUCAACUACUUAAGCCACUUUCUAAAUCUGGAGUGACUGGAAUGGGAGUUCCUAACAGCAUUUCAAUAUAAAUCGAACCUUGAUUGAAUUUAUGAUUCUAAAUCUUUUGAUAUACAACUUGUAAUUUUAAGAAUGAAUUUUUUAAUUAAUUUAUUUCAUUUCGUCAUAGUAUUAUUUUUGUUGAA